CACAGCAAAAGAAUGACACAAAAACUACAAAGCGCUGAAAAACGGAGAGCGGGGGUGUGGAGGGGGGGUCUGCGCUGCCUGCAAGCCGAUUGGCCAUUUAACGGACGCUGUUGAUUCAGGCGUCCGCUGCCCAGAAGAUAAGAUAAAAGCCAUAUAAAGAGACAGGGAUGCGCAUCCAUCCUUCACCGCAGCCUGCUGUCUCCAUCCACACCGCAGGACGGCUGUCUGUCUCCUCUGCGCGCCUCACCUGUUUCCAGAACAAACGAUGUCUCCCAGAACCAGGAGCGCCACCGAUGACCUGCAGAAGUUCAUCGGCGCAGAGACGCGCAGCGGGAUUCCCCCAAAUGUCUACAGAGAAGCUGCUGCUCCUCAAAGCUGCAAUGCAGACUCGCCUCGUGGAAACAACAAAACCAUCAAGUCUUCCAGACCAAGAAGUGACCCGCGCGGCAGGCGGAGGGUGAAGGCCAACGACCGGGAGCGCCACCGGAUGCACAACCUGAACUCGGCCCUGGAUGCGCUGAGGAGCAUCCUGCCGGCGCUGCCAGACGACGCCAAGAUGACCAAAAUAGAGACGCUGCGCUUCGCGCGGAAUUACAUCUGGGCUCUGACCGAGACCCUGCGGAUGGUCGACCACCACGGCCGCGCGGAGGAGGAGCAGCAGCCGCCGGGGGGGUCAGACCUGAGCAGUCCGGGGAGCGCCUGCUCAGACUGGGACUCUGCGUCCUCCGUGGAGCCAUGGGGCGGGUCCUCUUCCUGCUCUGUGGAUCACCUGAACUGCCGCGAGCCCACAACCCCCCCUGUACCUCUGCACUUCCGGUCUGUCUGCAGUGGAGCGGAUCUUAGAAACUCUUGGCUUUACUGAGGGUCGAGGGUCUUAUGGACAAAUAAACAGACAUUGGAGGUUUUCAGGUGUAACAAACACCAGCAGGUGACAAUCAACUGUGACAGGAAGAGGCUUUAAAUCAAAUACAAACUGAUCCUUUUUUCUUCUAUUAAACCAAAAGUUCAUGUCUUCUGUAAACUCAGAACAUUUCAGAAAAACACAAAGACUUGAUCCGCUU